CCCGGCCCCGUCCCGCCCGUGCCGCGGGGGCUCCCCGCGCACCCCGGCGCUCCCGCCCGGCCCAGCCUGGCCGCCAGGGGGUGCCCCCCGCGGGGACAAGGCAGAGGGGACCAUGCGGCGCCUGACGCGCCGCCUGGUGCUGCCGCUCUUCGGGGUGCUGUGGAUCACCGUGCUGCUGCUGUUCUGGGCGACCAAGAGAAAGUUCGAGGUGCCGGCGAGACACGAAGUGCAGACCCCCAAGAGUCUGGACGCUGACUGGGAUGAUCCGUGGGACAAGUUCGAUGAGCGGAAGUACCUGAGUGCCAAGAAGUGGCGCGUCGGUGAUGACCCCUACAAGCUCUAUGCGUUCAACCAGCGGGAGAGCGAGCGCAUUUCCAGCAACCGGGCCGUCCCGGACACCCGUGACAAGAGGUGCUCCAUGCUGACGUACUGCCGGGACCUGGCUCCCACCAGCAUCAUCAUCACCUUCCACAACGAGGCCCGCUCUGCGCUGCUCAGGACCAUCCGCAGCAUCCUGAACCGAACCCCCGCGAAGCUGAUUGAGGAGAUCAUACUCGUGGAUGACUUCAGCAAGGACCCGGACGACUGCAAAGAGCUCAUGAAACUCCCCAAGGUCAAGUGCUUACGCAACAGCCAGCGGCAAGGUCUGGUCCGGUCCCGGGUCCGGGGCACAGAUGUGGCCAAGGGCAGCACGCUGACCUUCCUGGACAGUCACUGUGAAGUGAACAGGAACUGGCUGCAGCCGCUCCUGCACAGGGUCCAGGAGGACAGCAGGCGGGUGGUGUGCCCUGUCAUCGACAUCAUCAACCUGGACACCUUCAGCUACAUUGAGUCUGCCUCGGAGCUCCGGGGAGGGUUCGACUGGAGCCUCCACUUCCAGUGGGAGCAGCUGUCCCCAGAGCAGAAGGCUCGGCGCCUGAACCCCACUGAGCCCAUUAGGACCCCCGUCAUUGCUGGGGGGCUCUUCGUGGUGGACAGGAACUGGUUCGCGUUCUUGGGGAAGUAUGACAUGGACAUGGACAUCUGGGGCGGGGAGAACUUCGAGCUCUCGUUCCGCACGUGGAUGUGUGGGGGCAGCAUGGAGAUCGUGCCCUGCAGCCGAGUGGGACACGUCUUCCGCAAGAAGCACCCCUACGACUUCCCGGACGGGAACACCAACACCUACAUCAAGAACACAAAGCGGACAGCAGAAGUGUGGAUGGACGAGUACAAACAGUACUACUACGCGGCCCGGCCCUUCGCCGUGGAGAAGCCAUUUGGGAACAUCGAGAGCAGAGUUGACUUACGCAGGAAUCUGCGCUGCAGUUCCUUUAAGUGGUACCUGGAGAACGUCUACCCUGAGCUCAGGGUGCCCACUGACGCCUCCAUCCAGAAGGGCCUUAUCCGGCAGAGGCAGAAAUGCCUAGAGGCCCAGAUGCAGGACGGCCAGCAGCUGCCUGACCUCCGGCUGAGCCCCUGCAUCCAGACCCCAGGCCAGGACGCCAAGGCCCAGAUCUGGGCCUUCACCUACACCCACCAGAUCCUGCAGGACAGCCUGUGUCUGACGGUCGUCGGCCUCUUCCCCGGCGCCCCCGUGCUGCUGCAGCUCUGCAGGACGGGCGACGACAGGCAGCAAUGGACCAAGUCGGGCUCCCACCUGGAGAACAAGGCUUCCCAGCUGUGCCUGGACACCGACCCCCUGGCCUCGGAGCACAACCGGGAAGUGGUGGUCAACCCGUGCGAGACCUCGGUCCUGAGCCAGCACUGGGACACGGGCAGCUCCUGAGGGUCCCCCUCGGGGCAC